ACAGUAGGAUCAUAACUGCUCUUCCUCUUUCUGAAAACCAGGCACUCUCCCUCUUCCCCAAGCCACUCCUCUCUUUUUCUCUGUCAACCUAUAAAUUGUCUCAAUGCCAAAACCACUGAAACCCCACCACUGCAAGCACCUUCUCUGAUUCUACUCAGUCUCGGUGAGGCAGUGCAAGCCAACCCAUUUUCAUGGUGUUCAAUUCAGUCUCUUCCCGCCCCGAAACCAUACCCGAGCCCGCCCCGAAACCCGAUUCCAUGGCCUCCAUUGUGCCUUCCAAGUCUCUUGUCCACCAAGCCCAAAACCAUGGCCUCCCUUUGCCCCAGUUGAAAUGGGCCAUGAGCAACAACACCACCACCACCACCAAAAGCAACGAAACCAACAAGACCAGCGCGAAAAGCAGCGAAAAUAACAACCCUUCUCUGCAACUGAGCAGCAACACCAAAUUCGCACAGCUUGACCCGGUAGCUAAGCAGCCCGAGCCCAAGUUCUGCAAUGUCGAAAAAGAAGCCGACCCACUUCCCGCCACGGAAGUGAUCGACGGCCCGGAGACCCAGAAGCCAAAAUCGACGGCUGAGGAUAAGAAAUCGAAGAUUUGCAUCCGGAUUCGGAGCAAAGAAAAGGCUGCUGUGGUGCCUGAGCCUGAACCUGAACCUGAACAAGUAAAUGAAAAAGAGAGCUCUGUUGCUGCUGCUUUAGCAGCGCUGGAGGAUGAAGAGACGAUUCAGAAGACUUGGAAUCUCAGGCCCAGGAGACCGGUGCCUAAGGCCAAUGGUCGUGCUGGUGCAUUGAAGACUGGUGCACCGCUGGUGCAGCAGAACAAAACCCAGGUGGCUGGGGGCUCUUCUAAAGCUGGAGCCAAAGAUGCUCAAAAGGACAAUAAACUGAAGAUAUCGGUUUCUUUAACAAAAGAAGAGAUUGAGGAGGACAUUUUUAUUAUGACUGGAGCCAGGCCAUCCAGGCGCCCAAAGAAGAGAGCUAAGAAUGUGCAGAAACAGCUUGAUCAUCUGUUUCCUGGGUUGUGGCUGAAUUCAGUAUCUACCAAUUCCUACCAGGUUCCUGAAACUCCAUUGAAGAGAAUUUGAAUGUGCUGCUUUCAGGAUUAGAUGGGAUGAGGCUGCUGUUAGUUAAAUGUUUGGUGGUGAUUUUGAAGACUUGUGAACUGCUCUAAACAUUUUGAACACAGAAGGUAUAACAAUGAUAGAUCUGAGAAGGUGAAAGGAUAAUACAGAUGUAUCAUGUUUUUGUCUUUUCGUAAGAAGGUCAAUGAAUAGUCGGAAGAGCUGUACCAUUUUAGCUGUUAUGAGUAGUUGCAGAUGUACAUAGGGUUUAUGAGUUAUCAGUUAUCGGCUACAAGUUGGACGAAUAAAGCAUAAUAACAAAAUCAAAUUUAGACAUUGUCUUUUUCCUUGAAUUGGAAAUGGUUUAAUGCAGUUUCUUUUUUCAUGCUAGUUCACAAGAUUUUAUUUGUUGCUAGUUGAGGCGAUUGGGAUUUAUAUCGUAGACCAAAAUUGGAAAUGCACACGUGUUUUUGAUUUAUAUGCGUGUCGCCUUUAUGCUCUUUCUUAAUCAAUACUUGUUGAGCAGCAAAGUUUUGUGUGCUAACUGUUACUCGAUUUGAAUGACGUGUUAUACUGCUAGCGAGCACACACUUCUCUUUCCUAUUAGAGGUGUCCAUGCACCAUGCACACAUAAUUUCUUUCUGAUUACUAGAAAGUAUAGGCACUCAAAUAAAAAAAGGAGAAUUCAAAGUGGGGGAGGAGGAUGGGGUUGAUAUUGUAGGAAUUAGAUUGGAAACAGAAGUGCAGAGGGGAGAAAGACAGAAAGACAGAAAUGCAGGGUAGGUGUGAGAUAAGAUGUUGGAGAUUCUAAACUUCAAGCUAGUAUGCAGUAUUUUUCAUCUGCUUGUAUCCAGAUAUAUAAUUUCAUUGAUAGAAAAUAAGCAGUACUGAGAUUAGAAGAGGGUUCCGCUUAGAAUUAUGGAGAUUGUGGUUUAAUAGUACGCAGUGCAGUGUUUACCUUUUUGUUUGUACUUCAAGGGUGUGACUAUGCUAGUGCUAUGCAUAGUUUCAGCUUAACUAAACACAUAAACGUUGAUGAGUUAUGCGCUCUUAGAUGGGUUGAUAACCAUAUACAAGUCAUUAUUGGUAAUGGUGAAAGAUAUCGACACUGAAAUUGAGACAUAAGGAAGCUGGGCAGUUCAAGAAGCUCACCUUAAUUAAUGAAUAACUUUAUACGUGCGCUCGGACACUCACAUAUACGAGUAAUUUUUGAGUGUUCCCGGUACACCACGUGGUUGGUGUACCAUCCAAUAGACGGAAGACAUAUGGAAUAUGUCCAAUGCAGUCCGCCACAUGUCAUAAGAAGAAAUGCAGUAGGUUGGAUAAUAAAUCCACAUGUUCUAUGUUUAUUGGAUGGUACACCAGACACGUGGUGUACCUGGAACAUUUAAAAAUUUCUCCACAUAUACACACACAAAUGAAAAGUAGAGGGUGGGAAUGUAGAUGUUCAACUAAACAAAAUAAAUAGAGGGAUGGAGAUGUGUUAUUGGGGGAAAUUAGAUCCUAGAAUUGAAGACGCAAGAGUUGGAGUUGUGAAUGGUAUAUAUGAGAUGAGUUGUUCCUGGUUGAGACUCAAGUUGAAUCCAUAAAGCUCUAUAGUUUCUAACAUCUCGUCUUGUAAUGCAAGUGAUUAAAUGGUUUUAAGAGUAUUGUGCUAAAUUGGAAAAAUGUUUUGUUCUGUAGUUAUUACAUGGUUAUUGAUUUUUAAUAGCCCUCUUGAAGAACAGCUAUUUAUUGCUUGAAUAUUGAUUCAACAGUUGAGAUUUUUUUAGCACUUCCAUUACAAGAAGAUUUUGUUCAGGAUUAUUUUAUUUGAAGCUAGUGGUUUUAUAUCACAAGGUGCAUUGCCUUUCAUUUUUACUUGAAUUGUGCUUGAGUUUCAUGCACUGCAUUAGCAGUCUCUCAAGCUUGCAGAAUGUGCAACUCAAAGUAACUAAUGAAAGCAUUUUUUCAUACUUACCCCUUUAGUAAAAGGAGUAAUUGGAUGCCUUUUGUUGGAAUUACAGUAAGUUGACAUGCCCAUGAUUUCGAAGCAGUUAAGAAGCGUUAGUUUCAUGUAAGGAUAUAUAUGAAUAUCCUGUUGCAAUGACAUUCAAAUUUUCGUUGUGACAAAUUUUCUUUUUCUGUUUCACAAUGUCAGAUCUGACAUUUCCUUGGUUGGCAAGUGCAUCCUUUGAGAUUCCUGAUAUUUUAUGUACCUAUGAGCUUCAUACACCCUAC